GGCAAUAAAAGGGGCUAGUCCCUUGGAGGACGGGGAAUAAUCCUGCCUGUGUCUGGGAUAGGAGUGUGUGGGUGUUUUGUGUGUGUAUCUGUGGGGCAAAAGAUAGGAGAGUGUGUUUUGGGGUGUGUGACUGAGGGGAGGGGGUUUCUGGGUGGGCAAGGGGAGGCCUCCAGUUGAUCACCUGUGUGUGACCUGUGGGUGUGUUCAGGGAAGCCGGCUUGAAGGAAACGGACCCAGGCUUGAGGAUGGGUGGGGAUGGUGCUGACAUGUCAGAGGCAGGGGAAGGCGGAGAGGAGGGAGAGGGUGGGGAGAUUGUGGAGGUAGCCUUGAUGCCUCCCCUGCACCAGAACGGGUGCCUCCCCGGCAGGGAGACACAAAGGAGCAGCAGCUCAGCACCUCUGGUGUCGGUGAGCGAUGUGGAGGUUGGAAGAGCUGUUGCAUCCGAGGAGCACCCUGAGGCAGAAGCCAUGCUCCCUGCUUCCACAUCGGAAGUGAAGCUUAUCCCUCGGCUGUCCAAGCGCAGGCUGGUAGUGCUGGUCAUCUUCAGCUUGUACUCGCUGGUGAACGCCUUCCAGUGGAUCCAGUACAGUAUACUGACCAAUGUCUUCACCCGUUACUACAACGUCUCCAACUCUCAAAUAGACUGGCUGUCCAUGACCUAUAUGGUGACGUACAUCCCCCUGAUCUUUCCUGCCACUUGGCUGCUGGACACUCGGGGUCUUCGCAUCACUGCCUUGCUGGGAUCUGGACUCAACUGCCUGGGUGCCUGGAUUAAGUGUACCAGCGUCCAACCAAACCUGUAUGCGGUCACGUUGGUGGCUCAGAUUGUGUGCUCCAUAGCCCAGGUCUUUAUUCUGGGGCUGCCCUCCCGCAUUGCAUCUGUCUGGUUCGGGCCCAAGGAAGUGUCCACUGCUUGUGCUGUAGCUGUUCUGGGCAACCAGCUGGGCACAGCAAUCGGCUUCUUAUUGCCACCAGUUUUAGUUCCAAACACACCUGAUGACAUGGACCUCAUGGGACAUAACAUCCGCAUUAUGUUCUAUGGUACGGCAGCCAUAUCCACAUUCCUUUUUAUACUAGCAGCAGUGGUGUUUAAGGAAAAACCUAAAUAUCCCCCAAGUCAGUCUCGGGCUGUUCUUCUGGAUGUCUCGCCUGAUAAUUACUCCUACAAGCAAUCAAUGAUCAACCUGUUCAGAAAUGUUCCUUUUGUUCUUUUGUUGAUCAGUUAUGGAAUUAUGACUGGGGCAUUUUAUUCAGUCUCAACUCUACUAAACCAAAUGAUAAUAACUCACUAUGAGGGAGAAGAAGUGAAUGCAGGAAGGAUCGGCCUGACUCUUGUGGUAGCUGGAAUGGUGGGUUCAGUUAUUUGUGGCUUGUGGCUGGAUUACACCAAAACAUACAAGCAGACUACAUUGGUUGUGUACAUCCUCUCAUUUGUUGGGAUGGUUGUAUUUACAUUCACCUUGGACUGUGGACACCUCGUCGUUGUGUUUGUGACUGGCGGAGUGCUAGGCUUCUUCAUGACUGGUUACCUCCCGCUUGGCUUUGAAUUUGCUGUGGAAAUUACAUACCCUGAGUCAGAAGGCACCUCCUCAGGGCUUCUGAAUGCUUCAGCGCAGAUAUUUGGGAUUAUCUUUACGCUGAUUCAAGGAAAGCUCACAACAGAUUACAAUCCCCGUGCAGGAAACAUCUUCCUCUUCGUAUGGAUGUUUAUAGGUAUCAUUUUAACAGCUUUAAUCAAAUCAGAUUUGCGAAGGCACAAUGUGAAUUCAGGGAUAAGUGUUGACAUUAAAUCUAUGUCAGUUGACGGUCCUACAGAAGAUGAACUGAGUAAAACCGCAUCGAAAAGCCAGUCUGAAUUAAACAUUUAGGAUGGAAGAAAGAAGUGCCAGAUACUCAUAAUUUUCAAGUUAGACCAAGCAGAAGCAACUUGACAGAUAGAGAACAAGAACUGUCUCGAAGUAACGUGUUUGCAGUCAUGAUCAUGCAGUACUGCUUAUAUAUGAACUCAAGAUACACAUACACUCUGCUGAAGGCACCUGUUAAUUUUAUGGCGACUUAUUUAUAGUGGGAUUCUUAACUUUUAUUUAUUUAUUAGUUGUGCAGUUUAAGAUCUCCAGCAGUCUGCCAUUCCUUUGUGGAAGCUGUACAGUUUCAGCAGAGACAGAAAAACUGCAAUCAUAAACAUACUGUGGGAUAAGCACCAUUGAACAAAUGCAGCCGGUCUUGCUUCCAAGUUAGGAUGCAUAGUACUGUAAUGUAAACUAGGGAUGGGGAAACUGUGGCACUUCAACUUCCAUUGUCCCUGGCCAGUGGUCAUACUGCCUAGGGCUACUGGGAAUUGGAGUCCAAUGUCAUUUUGGGGGGACACAGGUCCUGAUCUUUGCUGCAAAGGAACUUGAGUACUGUGGCAAGUACGAGUAAGUUCUAAUUAAAAGCUGCACAACUAAUUAAUCCACACAUCUUUUAUAUGAAGGUGUGCUCUUAAGAUUAGCAUGAAUUAAAGGAGCAUUUUAAAACUUUUUUUAUUGUAAAUAUAUUGGAAAUUUUAAUCCGCCACUUCUACAGGAGGUGGCAUUUCCUCCAGCACAAAAUGCAGUAUACUUAAUUCAGAUUUUGAAUGUGUUAUACUGUAGUUUCUGUUCGCCAUUUCUGUUGGCCAUGAAAGGAUUAUAGUUUAUGAAACCUCUUGUGUUUAAAUACAGAUGUGGGAGCUUCAUAAGCUCAUACUUUCUGGAAAUAUUUUUCUUUUUUUUUUCUUGUUUGAGAGAGUCUGGAUUUCUGAGCUACAAAACCAGAUCCUCAUCUGUCCAGAUUUUUUUCCUUUGCAUUUUGAAAAUGCAGCUGUGUUUUUCUUAAUGUUUGAAUGGUGAAAAAAAGCAUUGCCAGACCGUACAAAGGCAUGUACUUGCAGCCAUUCUUCAUUUGUGUGUCUAUAUGUUUGUUAGUGAAAAGUAAUGGGCAAAUAAAAGUAUUGCAAGAGCACAAAGUGAAUGUUUAUCUACUGCUUCACCUGGUUAGAGUCGUGUGCAGGUUUAUAAUAUUGUGCCUUUUCCUGCUGAAUCGUGUAGCAAAUGAAUCAGGCCUCAGAUUUGUGCUUUAUGCCCUCUUGUGAAGUUAAGGAAAAACUUGAAAGUACAUAUUCAGCCUCUGCCGCUUGCUGAUUUGGUGGAAAUUUUUGUGUGUCCAUUGGAGAAAUAUUUUGUCUGUUAAAUGUUCUUCCUUCAUGUCACUUGAAUACAACUUGCCUGGUAGUAAAUGAUGGUUACCUUUUUA